AUGUUCAUCCGUCCGAUCCGCCGCUACAUCAUUGCUCUCGUCUUUGGCAUAUUCGCAGCCAUCCUGGGCAUGCUAUACCACCGUCCCAUCAGCAAGGCAUUGAACAUACUCUCACACACCGCACGAUUCUCAUCAUUGGCUCAUAUGGCGCAAUCAACCCGCAAACCAGUCAUUGUCGUCGGCUCCGGCCUAGCUGGUCUGUCCGCAGCACAGGAGGCGCUCAAGGCCGGUGUAUCGGUCCGGAUGCUCGACCGUGCCCCGAAGCCUGGCGGCAACAGCAUUAAGGCAUCGUCCGGCAUCAACGGCGCCGGGACCCGCUUUCAGAAGGCUGCCGGUGUGGACAAGGAUCACCUCUUUUACGACGACACUGUCCGUUCUGGUGGCAAGCGAUUCGCCCAAGGUGAGGGUGUGGUUCAGCGCCCGAAGCUCGUCCAGCUCUUGACCGAGAGCUCUGCGGAUGCUGUUACCUGGCUUGUCGAUGAAAUUGGUGUUGAUUUGAGUGUUGUUGCCCCUCUCGGCGGACACUCCCUUGCUCGAACCCACCGAGGGGCCGGCAAAACCCCGCCAGGAGCAGCUAUCGUGACAACUUUGCUCAAGAAACUUGGGGAGAAUCCCGAGUUCCAACUUACCAAUUCUGCUGAGGUCACAUCGCUCAGUGUCACCGAUGGCGUUGUGAAUGGUGUGCAAUACGUACAAGACGGCGAGCAGCACGACUUGGAUGGUGCCGUGGUGUUUGCCGUCGGUGGAUUUGCCGGUGACGCUAACGGACUUCUCGCCAAGUACCGCCCGGACCUCGCAGGUAUUCCAUCAACGAACGAUGCACGACCGGCUUCCCAUGGUAUCUUGGAAGCAGUGGGCGCAGAGUUUGUCGACAUGGAUAGCGUACAGGUACACCCGACCGGGUUCGUCGACCCCAAAGACCCCGAGGUCCGGUACAAGAUUCUUGCUGCCGAGAUGCUGCGCGGAGAGGGCGGCAUUCUGCUGUCGGACAAGGGCCAGAGAUUUGUGAACGAGAUGGAAACGAGGGAACAAGUCAGUAAAGCAAUUAUGAACCUCCCACCAAAAGAAAACGGUGACGUCAAGCAGUGGGACAUCACCUUGCUCAUGGACCCCGGUGCAAUUGAGGUCUCUGAGGGUCAUUUGGGUUUCUACUUGUGGAAGGGCCUGAUGGAGAAGAAAAAGGUCAAGGACUUGAGUCCAGCUGUCAUCGCCACGGUAGACGAGUACGCCGCGGCUGUUGCGUCAGGCACCGAUUCGGCCUUUGGAAGACGGACAUUUGGCCGAUGGAGGCUUCCGGCUGGCGAGGCCAACCGCGAAGAGGAAGUAUGCGUGGGCCGCGUCACGCCCAUCACUCAUUUCACGAUGGGAGGCGCAUCUUUCAACGAAAAUGCCCAAGUGCUGAGGAAGGACAAGACAGCUGUCGAUGGCCUGUGGGCUGCUGGAGAAAUUACUGGCGGCAUCCAUGGCGACAACCGCCUGGGAGGUUCAUCACUGCUCGAAUGCGUGGUCUACGGAAGAAUAGCAGGACAACAGGCCGCCAAGGCCGCGACAGGUUCAUGA